GCUGCUGCCGCGGCCGGCCGGCGACGCGGGAGACGCUUGCGCCCCAGAGGUAGUUUGGGGACUGCGAAGAAGGAAAAAGUGCCGGCGGGCGGCCGUGGACUUCCCGCCCUCAUCCCGCGAGGCCCGGCUGGCACCUCGGUCGUGGAUUUCGCUGCGAUCCACCCGGCAGCUCUUUGCAAAGCUGCUUGAAACUUCUCCCAAAGUCGACAUGGAUACGGCGGCCGCGGCGCUGCCUGUUUCUGUGGCGCUCUUGCUUCUCUCCCCUUGGUCUCCCCUGGGGUCGGCCCAAGGCCAGUUCUCCGCAGGUGGCUGUACUUUUGAUGAUGGUCCAGGGACCUGUGAUUACCACCAGGAUCUAUAUGAUGACUUCGAAUGGGUACAUGUUAGUGCCCAAGAACCUCAUUAUCUGCCACCUGAGAUGCCUCAAGGUUCCUAUAUGAUAGUGGACUCUUCAGAUCAUGACCCUGGAGAAAAAGCCAGACUUCAGCUGCCGACAAUGAAGGAGAACGACACUCACUGUAUUGAUUUCAGUUACCUUUUAUACAGCCAGAAAGGGUUGAAUCCAGGCACUUUGAACAUAUUGGUUAGGGUGAAUAAAGGACCUCUUGCCAAUCCAAUUUGGAAUGUGACUGGAUUCACGGGUAGAGAUUGGCUUCGGGCGGAGCUAGCAGUGAGCACCUUUUGGCCCAAUGAAUAUCAGGUAAUAUUUGAAGCUGAAGUUUCAGGAGGGAGGAGUGGUUAUAUUGCCAUUGAUGACAUCCAAGUACUGAGUUAUCCUUGUGAUAAAUCUCCUCAUUUUCUCCGUCUGGGGGACGUGGAGGUCAAUGCAGGGCAGAACGCUACGUUUCAGUGUAUUGCUACGGGGAGAGAUGCUGUGCAUAACAAGUUAUGGCUGCAGAGACGAAAUGGAGAAGAUAUACCAGUAGCCCAGACUAAGAAUAUCAAUCACAGAAGAUUUGCUGCUUCCUUUAGAUUGCAGGAAGUGACAAAAACUGACCAGGAUUUGUAUCGCUGUGUAACGCAGUCAGAACGAGGCUCCGGUGUGUCCAAUUUCGCUCAACUUAUUGUAAGAGAACCACCAAGACCCAUUGCUCCUCCCCAGCUGCUCGGUGUUGGGCCUACAUAUUUGCUGAUUCAGCUAAAUGCCAACUCCAUCAUUGGUGAUGGUCCCAUUAUUCUGAAAGAAGUGGAGUACCGAAUGACAUCAGGAUCCUGGACAGAAACGCAUGCAGUCAACGCUCCAACUUAUAAAUUAUGGCAUUUGGACCCAGAUACCGAAUACGAGAUCCGUGUUCUACUUACAAGACCUGGUGAAGGUGGAACGGGGCUCCCAGGACCUCCACUAAUUACCAGAACCAAAUGUGCAGAACCUAUGAGAACCCCAAAGACAUUAAAGAUUGCUGAGAUACAGGCAAGACACAUUGCUGUGGACUGGGAAUCCCUGGGUUAUAAUAUUACUCGUUGCCACACUUUUAAUGUCACUAUCUGCUACCAUUACUUCCGUGGUCACAAUGAGAGCAAGGCAGACUGCUUGGACAUGGACCCCAAAGCCCCUCAGCAUGUUGUGAACCAUCUGCCACCUUAUACAAAUGUCAGCCUCAAGAUGAUCCUAACCAAUCCAGAAGGCAGGAAGGAGAGUGAAGAGACGAUUAUUCAAACUGAUGAAGAUGUGCCUGGCCCUGUACCAGUCAAUUCUCUUCAAGGAACAUCCUUUGAAAAUAAGAUCUUCUUGAACUGGAAAGAACCUUUGGAUCCAAAUGGAAUCAUCACUCAGUAUGAGGUCAGCUACAGCAGCAUAAGAUCAUUUGAUCCUGCAGUUCCAGUGGCUGGACCUCCUCAGACUGUAUCAAAUUUAUGGAACAGCACACAUCAUGUUUUUAUGCAUCUUCAUCCCGGAACCACCUACCAGUUUUUCAUAAGAGCCAGCACAGUCAAAGGCUUUGGGCCAGCCACAGCCAUCAAUGUGACCACCAAUAUCUCAGCUCCAACUUUACCUGACUAUGAAGGAGUGGAUGCCUCUCUCAAUGAAACGGCCACCACAAUAACCGUGUUGUUGAGACCAGCACAGGCCAAAGGGGCACCAAUCAGUGCCUAUCAGAUUGUUGUGGAGGAGUUGCACCCACACCGAACCAAGAGAGAAGCUGGAGCAAUGGAAUGCUACCAAGUCCCUGUUACAUACCAAAAUGCCCUGAGCGGGGGUGCACCAUACUACUUCGCUGCAGAACUGCCCCCAGGGAAUCUUCCUGAACCUGCCCCAUUCACAGUGGGUGACAAUAGGACCUAUCAGGGCUUUUGGAACCCUCCUUUGGCUCCACGCAAAGGAUACAACAUCUAUUUCCAGGCAAUGAGCAGUGUGGAGAAGGAAACUAAAACCCAGUGCGUACGAAUUGCCACAAAAGCAGCAGCAACAGAAGAACCAGAAGUGAUUCCAGACCCAGCCAAGCAGACAGACAGGGUGGUGAAAAUAGCAGGAAUUAGUGCUGGCAUUCUGGUGUUCAUCCUUCUCCUCCUAGUUGUCAUACUAAUUGUAAAAAAAAGGAGGAGCUACUAUUCUUACUCCUACUACCUCAAGCUUGCUAAAAAACGCAAAGACGCCAUGGGGAACACCCGGCAGGAGAUGACUCACAUGGUGAAUGCUAUGGACCGAAGUUAUGCUGAUCAGAGCACUCUGCAUGCAGAAGACCCUCUUUCCAUCACCUUCAUGGACCAGCAUAAUUUCAGUCCAAGAUAUGAGAACCACAGUGCCACAGCGGAGUCCAGUCGUCUUCUAGAUGUACCCCGCUACCUCUGUGAGGGGACAGAGUCCCCUUAUCAGACGGGACAGCUGCACCCAGCCAUCCGGGUGGCCGACUUACUGCAGCACAUUAACCUCAUGAAGACAUCAGACAGCUAUGGGUUCAAAGAGGAAUAUGAGAGCUUCUUUGAAGGACAGUCCGCAUCUUGGGAUGUAGCUAAAAAAGAUCAAAAUAGAGCAAAAAAUCGUUAUGGAAACAUUAUAGCAUAUGACCACUCCAGAGUAAUUCUGCAGCCUGUUGAGGAUGAUCCUUCUUCAGAUUACAUUAAUGCCAACUAUAUAGAUGGCUACCAGAGACCAAGCCACUACAUUGCAACUCAAGGCCCAGUUCAUGAAACAGUAUAUGAUUUCUGGAGAAUGAUCUGGCAAGAACAGUCUGUCUGCAUUGUGAUGGUUACAAAUUUAGUUGAGGUUGGCCGGGUUAAAUGCUAUAAGUAUUGGCCCGAUGAUACUGAAGUUUAUGGUGACUUCAAAGUAACUUGUGUGGAAAUGGAGCCACUUGCUGAAUAUGUAGUUAGGACAUUCACCCUGGAAAGAAGGGGCUACAAUGAGAUCCGUGAAGUGAAACAGUUCCAUUUCACCGGCUGGCCUGACCACGGUGUACCAUACCAUGCCACAGGCCUUCUUUCCUUUAUCCGGCGAGUGAAGUUCUCCAACCCUCCCAGUGCCGGCCCCAUCGUUGUGCAUUGCAGUGCUGGUGCUGGACGAACUGGCUGUUACAUUGUGAUCGACAUCAUGCUGGACAUGGCUGAAAGAGAGGGUGUUGUCGACAUCUACAACUGUGUCAAAGCCUUAAGAUCUCGUCGUAUCAACAUGGUCCAGACAGAGGAACAAUACAUUUUUAUUCAUGAUGCCAUUUUAGAAGCCUGUUUAUGUGGAGAAACUGCUAUACCUGUCUGUGAAUUUAAAGCUGCCUAUUUUGAUAUGAUUAGAAUAGACUCUCAGACUAACUCUUCACAUCUCAAAGAUGAAUUCCAGACUUUGAAUUCAGUCACCCCUCGACUACAAGCUGAAGACUGCAGUAUAGCGUGCCUGCCAAGGAAUCAUGACAAGAAUCGUUUUAUGGACAUGCUGCCACCUGACAGAUGUCUGCCUUUUUUAAUUACAAUUGAUGGGGAGAGUAGUAACUACAUCAAUGCUGCGCUCAUGGACAGUUACCGGCAACCAGCUGCUUUCAUUGUCACACAGUACCCGUUGCCGAACACUGUGAAAGACUUCUGGAGAUUAGUGUAUGAUUAUGGCUGUACCUCCAUCGUGAUGUUGAAUGAAGUCGACUUGUCCCAGGGGUGUCCUCAGUACUGGCCAGAGGAAGGGAUGUUGCGAUAUGGCCCUAUCCAAGUGGAGUGUAUAUCUUGUUCAAUGGACUGUGAUGUGAUAAACCGGAUUUUUAGGAUAUGCAAUCUAACAAGACCACAAGAAGGUUAUCUGAUGGUACAGCAGUUCCAGUAUCUAGGGUGGGCCUCUCACCGAGAAGUGCCAGGCUCCAAACGGUCAUUUUUGAAACUGAUACUGCAGGUGGAAAAAUGGCAGGAGGAAUGUGAGGAAGGGGAGGGCCGAACCAUCAUCCACUGCUUAAAUGGUGGUGGGCGAAGUGGUAUGUUCUGUGCUAUAGGCAUUGUUGUUGAAAUGGUGAAGCGGCAAAAUGUGGUGGAUGUAUUCCAUGCAGUCAAGACCCUGAGGAACAGCAAGCCCAACAUGGUGGAAGCUCCGGAGCAGUACCGUUUCUGCUAUGAUGUUGCUUUGGAGUACCUGGAAUCUUCUUAGUUGGCUGAGAUCUCGGAGUAUGUCCAUGCAGAAGCCCGUUCAUCUGUUGAGCCAGCAGCUGUUGUACCUGUUACACCUCUGCAGAAAGAUUUUAAUGUGGGGGGUGGGAGGCUUUUACAUUCGAGAAGUAAAAGUAUUUUUCUUACGAAGUUGUGUAUCUUAAUAAAAAGGACUCAA